AUGCAUUGUCCAGCACUAUUUCUAUCAGGAAAAGGGCCAGAUCUUUAUGAAAUUGAAUUAAUAAAAGCAACCAACAGUUUUAACCACACUAUUAUAAAGGGAACUGUGUUAAUGGUCACUGCAUUAAUGGAACGUGUGUAUGUAAUACAUGUUGGAUCGGGAAAACCUGUGAAGAACGAGUACAUAGAAUUCCAAAAUUCACUCAGACAGUAUUCACCUUCGAAACCAAGUUUUCUAUCUGGAUCAAUGGAAGUCUGA